AUGGCGUUGAAAGGGAACGGAGGUGUUGAAAAGAAGGUGCAUUAUCGAGGAGUUCCAAAGAGGGAUUCAAGGAUAUACUCCGCACAAAUUAAAGAUCCGUGGAAAAAAAGUCGUGUUUGGCUAGGUACGUUUGAUACGGCGGUGGAAGCAGGGAAAGCAUAUGAUGCAGUUGCUAUUAACUUUCACGGGAUUAAAGCGAAGACGAAUUUUCCUUUUCCUGCACCGCCGAUCAAUUUGCCUCCAAGGAAAAAUAGUUAUGUCAGUCAGCGAAUGCAAUGUUUUCUACCGUUGAAUCAAUGGUGUUGUAAGGAGAAGGCGGGGUUCACUCAGGGAGGUAGUGGUGGUGGUGCCACUGUUCCCAUCACUAGUGCUUCUUCUAUGAUUGAUUUUAUGGGUAGUGUGAAGCGUAGGCACAUUGAUAUCAACCUUAACUAUCCACCAGCACCAGAGGACAUGUGA